GUGAGUCAAGAAAUUCUGGAGCUGCUGAACACGACAACGGCCAAGGAGCAGUCCAUCGUGGAAAAGUUCCGCUCGCGAGGGCGGGCACAGGUUCAGGAGUUCUGCGACUACGGAACCAAGGAGGAGUGCAUGAAGGCCAGCGAUGCUGAGCGCCCCUGUCGUAAACUGCACUUCCGCCGUAUCAUCAACAAGCACACAGACGAGUCCCUAGGCGAUUGCUCCUUCCUCAACACCUGUUUUCACAUGGACACCUGCAAGUACGUGCAUUAUGAGAUCGACGCCUGCACAGACCUGGAUGCCCCCUGCGGGCGGGAGCUUCUUUUAGGCCAAGAGCUGGCCCUGCCCCAAGCUGUGGGGAGAGAUUCCAGCGUGGAUCGGCUCUUCCCCCCACAGUGGAUUUGUUGCGACAUUCGCUACCUGGAUGUUAGCAUCUUGGGUAAGUUCGCUGUGGUGAUGGCUGACCCGCCCUGGGACAUCCACAUGGAACUUCCCUAUGGGACGCUCACGGACGACGAGAUGAGGCGUCUCAACAUCCCAGUCCUGCAAGACGAGGGGUUCCUUUUUCUGUGGGUCACCGGCCGAGCCAUGGAAUUAGGGCGCGAGUGUCUCAACCUGUGGGGGUACGAGCGGGUGGAUGAGAUCAUCUGGGUGAAAACCAACCAGCUGCAGCGUAUUAUCCGAACAGGAAGGACAGGCCAUUGGCUCAACCACGGCAAGGAGCACUGCUUGGUUGGCGUGAAAGGAAACCCCCAAGGCUUCAACAGAGGUCUUGACUGUGACGUGAUUGUGGCAGAGGUUCGCUCUACCAGUCACAAGCCGGAUGAGAUUUACGGCAUGAUUGAGCGGCUUUCUCCGGGCACCCGCAAGAUCGAGCUGUUCGGGCGACCUCACAACGUACAACCCAACUGGAUCACACUUGGCAACCAACUGGAUGGGAUCCAUUUGCUGGACCCCGAUGUGGUAGCUCAGUUCAAGCAACGGUACCCGGACGGAAUUAUCUCAAAGCCCAAGAACAUGUAAUAGUGGAAGAGAGGCUGCAGUGGACCAAGAGCAGAGAGAGACCGCGGUGGACUCCCAUAGUUUGCUUGGAAGUGAAAAUGGAGGCAGUGCAAAGAAGAAUGUAUAUUCUAAUUGUUAGGAUUUUAAUAAAAUUGGUG